AUUAUUUCUCAGGUAACAAUGCCUACCUGUGUUUGAAAAGUAGGUCAUGUCACAUAUUGGGAAAAAAAAUGAGAUCUCUACAAUGGCGACAUCAACACGGAAAUAUUCGACGGGAUAAAUAGUUGAAUAUUUUAAAAGACAUGACUAAACUGAGAAAAAAAUUAAAGAAAUAUAACAAGAUUUAAAGAUAUACAGGAUGGGUUUUAAAAACAUACAUAACUUCAUUGGGAUAUUUUUGUUGAUUCAUUGGACAACAGGACAAAGAGAAUAUGAUAUGGAUGAGCUUGCAACAUGUGGAAGGACCAUCAAUGUUGAUGACAGUGGUGUUCGGCUCAAUGGCAGGGGUAAUACUGCUCCAUCCAACCCUCCUUUAGAAUGUAUUGUUUACCUAAUGUCAGUCUAUGCUAGAGAUGAUGGCAGCAACAAGCUUCAAAUAGAGGUCGAGUCUCUAACCAUCAAGGAUUGCACAGUAAGACUGGACCUUUUCAAUGGACGUACAAGUGUUGGCACCACGCUGCGUGCACUAUCAUGUCAGUAUGCUCCAACUGAUAUUAUAUACUCAACUGGGAGAGAAGUCACUGUUCGAUUUUCACGUCCAGACAGAUUGGUACAUAAUGAAUAUCAGUAUUCCAUCCUUAUCAAACCUUUCAAGGACCAGAAUGUUCCUGGCACAAUAAUGGGUGUGGAUGCUUUGCCAGUUGGGGCUAUAAUUGGUAUUGUUAUUGGAUGUGUGAUUCUUGUGGCACUCAUUAUUCUAUUUCUCUGGUGCUGCUGUACAGGGCGGCUUGGAAAUUUUAAUGUGCCAGGUCAGUCCAUCUUCAAGACACCCCCUCCAAAAAAAGUGAUUGUAGAAAGUUCAGCAGCAACAGAAAAAUCAAAGCCACAGAUAAUUAAUUAUCAAGAUCCAGUUGUUUGGAAUACUGUGACUACUGGAAAGUUUGACCCACAAGCAUCCACUCGUAGUGGGAUGUACCAAAAAGGAGCACCACGAAUUGGCAGAAGAUUUGACAAUGAUAAUGAAAAUUACAGAAAUGUCCCUAACCAAAGAGAUUCCAUGAGAUCAACUCGGCAUGAUUAUGAGCAGUAUGGGUUUGAACAGAGGCAGAAAGAAGAAGAGGCAAAACGGCAGGCAGAAAUUAAGAAAAAUGAGGAGGAAGUAAGAAAAAGGCUUGAAGAAAAAAGAAAAGCAGAAGAGAGAAAGCGUCAAGAAGAGGCUGCUCGCAAGGCGGAUACUAGCAAAGAAACACUUAUAGAUGAUGUCUUUGAGUCAGACUCUGCCAAUAGUGAAAAAACAGAUGAUUCUGUGGUUAAAAAAAGUCCCAGGAGCUCUCCAAAACAGAAACGAAAAAAUGUUCCUGAAACUGAGGACAUGGAUAAGGGAAAGAUGCAGAGGUACUUAUCCAUAGAUCUCCAAAGUCAACCAGAAUCAGAUACUAUUUCAAGUCCUUUGCAUGUCAAUGCUGGUGUGAGAUCAAAAAUAGAUAAUAACAACGAAUCUCCAAAUGCCAGUCUUAGGAAGAAAAAGUCACCACUGCUUAAGCACAAAGGUAAAGAACCAGACCCAACUGCUCUUCCACCUGAGGCAUUUGAGCCAAUUUUCACAUCUGCACUUACUGGUAUAAAUUACCCAGGCAAUCAGCCUCAGCAGCCAUUUGGUUAUCCAGGGGGAUUUUAUCCUUAUGGGUUUAUUCCUGCUGGAGCUUUUGCUCCUGGACCACCUGGAACACAAACCUAUGCUUAUGCCUAUCAGACUGUUCCUCAGGGUGGAGCAGCUCCACAAGGAGGAGCAUACAUAGUUCAAGACACUCCAACUCAAGCAGGGGGUAAUAUGCGGAAAGCUUUUGCGGUUGAGAUGUCUCCCAAUAAGAGGACACCAGAUAGCGCUAGGCGAAAGCAUGAUGACCCAUUCAACAAAAAAGGCAAAGGACAGAUUCGCAAUUUCAUUCCCAAUGAAGAUUUAUCUCUUAUUGCAAGAGGAGCUGCACCACCAGAUCCCGGUCAAGGGCAAAGAUCUGUAGCACUCAAAUCUGGAACUGAUCCAAAAUCAGGCAUUCACACAACCCAGGUGGUAUGGACAGACACAGUUCCUCAUGCCACAGAUCCCAAACCUGGAGAAAAUCCACAGAUUACCAGAAAAACAAUAACAAAAGUCACAACAAAAAGUGGCUUUGCUGAACUCCCCCCAGAAACAAACAUAUUAAUGAUGGAGGAUAGUGAACCAGCUUUUCUUGAUCCUGGUCCUUCAAGCACAGUCUCUGCUAGACCAGCUAUUGCCUACACACCUCAAAAUGAAAACCUUGCUUUUUACACUGGAGAAGGAUCCCAUCCAUCAGUGGAGCCUCCUGCAAGAUCUUCUACCCCAACAUCAAUGCACAGGGCACCAGUUUAUAACUAUGCCAUUCGUGACAGAAUUCUAGUUGAUGACUCCACUGUUUAAUACUCAUGAUAGAUAGUUCUGAUCUGAAUCUUAAAGACAUUUUUAUAGUUAAAGUUUUCAUAUUUUUUGUGCAUUUGCUCAGGCCAUGAUUUCAUGCUUUGUUUGAAAACUUGUAUUUUUGUAAGCAAUGGAUUUUGAAACAUGCAUUUUGUACAUAUUUGCAUCAUAGUAAAUUACUUCUUUUUUUUUCUGUGUAUUAGUUAAUAAACAUGUCAUUUUUAAUUGUUCAUACAGAAACAAAGUCAUACAAAUGUAUAUACAAAUAUAAUUUUUUUAACAAUUUUAGCUUUGUUAAGAAUUGUUCAAUUCACAAAUUAUCAUCACUAUGUUGUUAUUGGGUUUUUUUCCUUUAAAUUAUCUUACAUGAAUUUAGGUUUAUACUUUGAAAAAUCCGAUAUAAUAGCCAUGUUGAGCAGAAGUCCUAUUGAAUAUUAACUAUAUUUAAAGACUAUUCUGACAUCUGCUUAGUACAAUAAAUGCAAUUAGUUAUGGCCAAGAAUUUACUAUACACUUUUUAACUAUUGCCAAUGAAAACAGGUGAAAUAAUGCACCUAGAAUGUAGAGAGUUUCAUAUUUUUAGGUCAGACGCCUCUAAGCAUUUUCAAAAUGAUUUCUCCUCAGUCAAGAAAACUGAUCAUAAUCUUUUAUUUUUUCAUUA